CAAAAUUUUGUGAUUUUUCAGUAUAAAAGCCGGAACAUGGGCCGAGUACAAUCAGUUCAAUUCAAAUAUUCACCAAAAGCCAAUCUCAUAAACAAGAUACAAUGGCAUUCAAGUUCGUAGUUGUUUUUGCUUUCAUCGCUGUCGCCAAUGCCGGUCUCUUGCCUGCUGCGCAAGUUUACAGUGCUGCUGCUCCAGUUUUGGCUAAGAGCGUUGAUGAAUACGAUCCACACCCACAGUACCACUUCGCUUACGAUGUACAAGAUUCCCUCACCGGAGACUCAAAGAGCCAGGUUGAAGCUCGUGAUGGAGAUGUUGUUCGCGGUCAAUACUCUCUAAUUGAUGCCGAUGGACACCAAAGAAUUGUCGAUUACACUGCUGAUCCAGUCAACGGAUUCAACGCUGUCGUUCAACGUAACCCUAUCGGAGCUGCUGUAGUUGCUAAAGCUGUUGCUCCAGCUGCCUAUGCUGCCCCUGUUGUCGCCAAGGCCGUUGCCCCUGUUGCAUACUCCGCACCACUUGCCUACUCAGCGCCAGUUGUCGCCAAAGCUGUAGCUCCAUUGGCUUACUCCGCUCCACUCGUCGCUAAGGCUGUAUCUCCAGUUGCUUACUCAACUCCACUCCUCGCAAAGACUGUUGCUCCAGUUGCCUAUGCUGCUCCAGCUGCCUAUGCUGCUCAUGCUGCCUAUGCUGCUCCAGCUGCCUAUGCCGCUCCAGCCGCCUAUGCUGCUCCAGCUGCCUAUGCCGCUCCAGCCAUUGUAAAAACUUCAUUCGCUUCACCCCUUGUAUCAUAUGCUCAUUAAUUUAUGAUUGUAAAUAAUUGAAACGAUUUUUUUGGUAGAAUAUAUAUUUUUUAACAAAAA